AUGGAUACCGACAACAACUCCAGCUACCCUGAGUCCCCUAUGGAGGAGGACGAGGUCUUUCUGUGCAAAGGCUGCGGCGAGAUCCUAGAACAGGGGCGAGCCUUUGAGCUUGCUGGCCACCGAUGGCAUCUUGGCUGCUUCCGCUGCCACUCUUGCGCCACCCUCCUCGACUCGGACGCCAACCUGCUCCUGUUGGGCGAUGGCUCCCUCAUCUGUAACAACUGCACAUACAGCUGCAGCUCGUGCGGCAACAAGAUCGAGGACCUCGCAAUCCUAACGGGCGACCAGGCCUUCUGUGCCACCUGUUUCAAGUGCCGCAACUGCAAGAGAAAGAUUGAGAACCUACGUUAUGCUCGCACCAGCCAGGGCAUCUUCUGCAUGAGCUGUCAUGAGAGUUUGAUGGCAAGACGGCGGAAAAAGGCAAAGGCUUCAAAACAGAUAGCAGCUGGAGGGAGCAAUCCUAUGGUGCUGGAUAAGAGUCUGCCUGCGUUACCACCCAACGCCGUUCCGCAAAGCGCAUUGCGAGAAUCAUCGCCCUCGGGAUCCUACUCCAGCGAUCAUCUCAAAGCUGGCCACGACAGAAAGAGAGACACUUCUCCCAUGUCCAUUUCCGACGACAGUAAGAAGGGCAGCAGCCGUCACCUGUCUCACACAAGUGCGCUUUCCGAGCAGACGCCAGACACUCUCACCCUGCCCGCUAGCACUUACAAGCAGGAACGCGCUUCGACCAUGUCAUCUAACACCAUGACUACAAUGUCUGAUGCCGACGACGGCUUCCUGCCCAUGGCCUACGAUCCCAACCCUGCUCCUCCACCCCUUCCGCGCCGUACACAUCCCGAGACGACGCCCAGAAUGUCAGACAACCUUUCUCCUCAAGGCGCUUUCUCUCGUCUCAACAGAGACCGUCCAUCAUCUUCGCGAUCCGUAUCGACUGAGCGCGAAAGCAUCCGCAGUCCUGGAGUUGGUCACCCCGACAAGAGUCGUCAACAAGGCCUCCGCAAUGUUUCGGGUAACAGCACACCCGUCACUACAUCAGCCGUUGCCUCCCCCUCUUCCGUCACCAGUCAACAGCGUCCUCGUAUGCCGCAAACAAACAGCGCUUCCUUUAAUCUAGCACCGCCCGAGCCUUUCAAACUCCAGGAUGUGCCCCGCGAUCGCAGAGUGUCGCGCAAUAGCCCGCGCGUUGGAAAGAAUUCUCCCACAUCCCUCGACACUCAGCCACCAUCCAGACAUACUCCGACAGACUCCAAUCUUUCCCUGUCACCAGCAUCCGUGGAUACGCCGAGCUCCAGCAUCAAUCCUUUCGACGAUCCCAAGCUCCGCGAAGCUUCGUCUAGCGCCGGCCCAUCAGCUGCAAAGCAUCCCACCAGAGGUGAUUCCCUGCCACCUGCUACUGAUAAAUCGCAAACCUCGCGCGUUACUUCUCCCGAAACCACUCCCGCUCUCAGACAGUCCGAUGCUACUCACGAACGUAAACAAUCCUCGACCUCUGCUCAAUUCGUUGAUGCUCCAACCCACCCUCGCCCCGAGUCUGAGGCUCACAACUCAUCCGGCAUGGGCAUACCGACUGCACCUCCCAGAGCUGCCAAUCGCCCGUCUGCUCCAAGCAAGUCUGUUGCCAACGACGAUUUCAUAGCCCCCAGGAUUCCACCUGCACCUCCUGCCAAUGAGCGACCGCGCGCUGAGUCUGUUGGUCACAUUCAGCAUGAUCACAACCCUGCAGCCUCGCCGAAGGGUUGGCGUACACACCUACCCAAGCACAGUGCCGGAGAAGCCUUCUCUAUGGAAGAAGAAAUGUCCCGCAUCUUGAGGGGUGAUGAGCAGAAGAGAAAGGAGAAUGAGAAUGCUGGUUCUGUCCUGCGCCGCGUCUCAAAUGCUGUCAAGCACGGCAGAAGUUUCAGCGACAAGUCAAUACCCCUUCAAAAGACGCCUACCAUCAGUUCGGCCGACAUCAGCAGCCCGAUUCUGAUUACUAGUCCCAUCUCCUCGCCCAGCCAGGCGGACGUGGCUACUCUGAGAUCUCAGCUGCGCCGUGCUCAACAAAAGAUUGCCGAACUUGAGGCUGAUAAGCUCGGCCUGGAGGAGAAGAUGGACACAUCCGCCGACAUUAAGCAGGUUAACACCGAACUGCGAGAGAAGCGUUCGACGAUGGCCUUCCUCGACACUCAGCGUGAGAUGGUCGUCCGCGAACUUGAAAUCAUGACCGAGCACUUGACAAGAGCGAAAGAGAGCAACAAGCCUCUGGACAUCAGUCAGCUCAAGUCCGAAAUCUUGCAAGACUUUGCGCACUCGUUGCAAAAGCUGAAGGACAAUCUCGGAUCACAAAUCGAAGACCUUGUGCACAAGAGGAAUGAACUUACAGAUGACAUUACCAACUUGAUUCAAGUCAAGGACAAGGGAUUGCAAGAGUUUGAGUCAUUGUCGUCCAAGAACAUGCAACUGGCAGAGCUCAACAAUCAGCUUGUUAGCGGCAUUCAGGACAUGUACAAAACACACAACAUCAAGAACGGUAGCCUAGACCGAUCACCCCUGACUAACGGCUUGGGCAUCUACAACGGUUCCAACAGGGGCGAUAUGGCCUCGCUUCAUUCCUCCUCAUUGCAGGAGUCCUCCAGUCUUCACGACCUCUUGCCGCACGCAGCGGAUGCAGAGCCAGCCACUGUUCUCACAGCACCCCAAGUAGUUAAUAUCCGCAAAGGACAGCCCAAGAAGUUCAACUGGAAGAAGGGCUCCUCCGGUCUUGCCAAGAACGUCACUAAGGGCAUCAAGGGUGCAUUUGCCGGCGGCAGUAACGAUCGAGGUGUUCCCAUGAAAGCCGACGGAACGUAUGACAUUACUGGUAUGCCGUACUCACAAAUGCAGGCAGGCCCUGGCGCAACUAUGGGCGACCAGCCUCUGAGAACUGCAGACGCGAAGGGCUUCGGCUUCUUCUCUUCUGGCCAGAAGAAUGGUCUCAAGCCUGGUGUUCAAGGUAUUCAUGCAAAGAAUGGCAGUAGUUCGAAUCUGCUUGCCGAGGCUCCUUCUGUAUUGUUCGGUUCCGACCUUCGCGAGCGUUGUGACUUUGAGAAACGAAUUCUACCUUCAAUUGUCACUCAUUGUAUCGAGGAAGUUGAGAAGCGCGGCAUGGAUAUGGAAGGCAUUUACCGAAAGUCCGGUGGCAGCGGGCAAGUCAAGCUUAUCCAGCAAGGCUUCGAGAAGGAUGGCACCUACGAUAUCGCAGACCCGGACCUCGACAUUCAUGCCGUCACGAGCGCGCUGAAGCAAUACUUCCGCAAGCUGCCCAAUCCACUCAUCACAUAUGAAGCAUACGACCCGCUACUGGAGGCAGCCCAAAUCACCAACAAAGAUGAGAAGAUUGCUGCUAUCAAGGCUGCCCUGGAGGCUAUGCCACAAGCUCACCAUGAUGUUUUGGAGUACUUGGUGCAGCAUCUAUGCCGUGUUGUCAAGCAGGAGUCGGAGAAUUUGAUGACGCCGCUCAAUCUCUCAGUCGUGUUUGCACCCACGAUUCUGCGACCACUGAGCAUUGAACGCGAAAUGUCGGACAUGCAAGCCCAGCGUAUGGCAGUGCAGGCGCUGCUCGAACACGCGGACUCCAUCUUCGAAAAUUAA